AUGGAGGCCGACGGCGAAACCCUAGGGCUUGGCGAACACGCCUUCGGCAAAACCCUCGUCGACUCAGGCACCACCUACUCGUACUUCCCCCCCGCAGUGUUUGCGGCCUGGCGCAAACUCCUGGCCCGCUACUGCGUGGCUUCUUUGAGGGUGUAG